GGAAGUGCGGAAGAAAGCGAACACCGAAACCCGAAAGGCUGAAGUUUCACCGACUGGUUUUGCCUUUUUAAAACUACUUUUUCGCUCACUGUCCGUGAAGGUUUUUUGUGUAUUUGUUGGAGUCACCAAGAGUCGCCUCAAGAUGCCAAACAUGGAAAAACAGCUCUUCAACCUAAAGUUCGCUGCCAAAGAACUUCAGAGAAAUUCCAAAAAAUGUGACAAAGAGGAAAAAGUGGAGAAGGCUAAAGUCAAGAAAGCCAUCCAGAAGGGGAAUAUGGAAGUGGCGAGAAUCCAUGCAGAGAAUGCCAUCAGACAGAAGAACCAGUCUGUGAACUUUCUCAGGAUGAGCGCUCGGGUAGAUGCAGUUGCAGCGAGGGUCCAAACUGCAGUUACAAUGAGCCAGGUCACAAAGUCUAUGGCUGGAGUGGUGAAAGGCAUGGAUGCCACUCUGAGGUCCAUGAAUCUGGAAAAGAUUUCGGGGCUCAUGGAGAGAUUUGAGCGCCAGUUUGAAACUCUGGAUGUUCAGACAGCCCAUAUGGAGGACACCAUGAGCAGCACAACAACACUCACAACACCACAGAAUCAAGUGGAGUCACUGAUGCAUGAACUGGCUGAUGAAGCAGGAUUGGACCUGAACAUGGAGCUCCCUCAGGGACAGACUGGAUCAGUGGGUACCAGCGUGGCCUCUGCAGAACAGGAUGAACUGUCGCAAAGGCUUGCCAGACUCCGAGACCAAAUGUGAAGGACGACUGCAGUGGACUGGCACUGUCAUGCAGAGUUCCAGAACACUACCUGAAUAUUACUCCCACACACACACCUUUUAUUUACAUCAUGUCUCUUCUCCUCUUUACAUCUCGUGUGUCUCUGUCGAGGAUCUACUGUAUCAUUGUUUGUUUGUUUUCUCUCGAGUAAUGAGCCUCAGUGGUUGUGUGUGUAUAAUAACCUUUGGAUUCUGUAAACUAACAGAAAUACUAGUUAUGGAAAAUGUAUAUUUCUUAAAUAUACGUAUUACCCACACAGGAGAUCUAAUGUAACUUUAUUGUUUAAUAUGUAUACUUAAGAACGUCAUACAUUUUCUUACAAAUAUGGAGCGUGGCUCUCAUUAUCUCCCUGUAUUUAUAGGCCAAUUUCAUAAAGUUGAGGUGGAAAAGAUGAAGACUUUGGACUAUAGAAUUCAUUUUUUGUUCAUACCUGCAUGGGUGCAGAAGACAUAUAUGCAUUUUUCCUUCUUGGUUUCAGAGUGUGAAAGACCUUCCCAUUUACUGUUGAACUGACUUAUGUUUAGAUUUAUUGCAUUUUACUUCUGAGGAAUAUUUUAAGAAGAUACCAGAUGAUUAGCCUGUGUGUUUGUCUGGUCAUCUUCAGUACUUUCACUGAUCAUUUGGGAAGGGGUUACAGUUUGGAGAUUACAAACAGUAAGUAAACAAUAAAAUUUUAUAAUACUUUUA